UCUUCACAAAACCCCUGAGCAACAGCACAGGUCAGUGGAGUGGUCACGUAAAAGUGCACUUUAACUCCAGUACCAGUUGCUUUCCGGUAAAUUUUAAAAAACAUAUACCCGAUAAAUUAUUCUUUCGUUUUGUGUACAUGAUUUAGAGUAGCUGAUCUGUUUAACUUUGGUCGCUUUUGACUGAAAAUUUGUACAUUUUGAAAAUUAAAAAAUCGUUUGUGUUCAAGUUUGCCUGUAGUAACAAUAAUUCAAGCGCGUGAUCCACAAAUCAAGGCCGCAUGAGGCUGGCCUAUCAGAACAUGAUCAUGGUUUUAUAUUAAUUUGAUUUCACAAAGGGACAUUUUCAUUUGAACUAAUCAUUUGUUUUGUUGAUCAGGUGGCACUGAAAUUUGUCAAAAAAACUGAAAACAUGAAAUAUAUCAACAUUCCUGAUCACGCCGAACCCGUUCCCCUGGAAAUCGGCCUGACCGUCCUUGCCAAUAAUGGUCCCAGCUCACCCCACAUCGUUGAGCUGCUGGACUGGCAGGAGUUUCCAGACCAUUAUGUUAUGGUCUUGCAGUGCCCCUCGCCCUGUGAGAACCUGUUUGAUUAUUUGGAGCGCUGUGGAGGCAUCUUAGAUGAAAACUUUGCACGGCACGUGAUGCAGCAGGUCGUCGAGGCUGCUGACAAAUGCUGCAGCCGUGGAGUUCUUCAUAGAGACAUCAAACUGGAGAACUUGUUAGUUAACACAGACAACCUGGACGUGACUCUGAUUGAUUUCGGCUGCGGGGACCUGCUGCAUGAAAUGCCGUACAGCACCUUUAGUGGUACAGAGGAAUACUGCCCCCCUGAAUAUUCAGAGACGUGCAAGUACCACGGACGGCCAGCAACAGUGUUUUCACUGGGGGUAGUUUUGUACACUUUGGUCUGCGGCUAUUAUCCAGACCACACCGAUCUGGACAAGAUCAAGAACUGGCUGUGGUAUCUGCCCAGCUUGUCAAAAGAAUGCAGCCAUUUGAUCAACGCCUGCCUGCAUCCCGACCCCGAGGAGAGAAUGCCUCUUGACAGACUCCUUCUCCAUGACUGGUUUAACGUCAUCCCAAAAGUCGUGAAGAGAAGAGCACCCUGCUACAGCCACACAGGAAGUGCCCUGUAGUCAGCGUAGUGUCUGGUGGGCUGACACGAGUGGCCCAUCCAUCCGUCCGUCCAGGUCUUUGCAUCUUGCGAGACCGGCAAGCUCUGGUAGCGUCACCUGUAGUGACCACUACUUGUGUUGGACCACUCCAACCUCGUAUAAUUCAAUUGUUUUGUAGGCCCCUAUUGUAAUAUGUAAGAAAUAU